AUGAGCUCAGAACCAUGUGGAGCGUGUAGCUGGACAGCUGAACGCCAAAGGGAUUGUAACUACGAUAGCUGCCUCAAACUGUUCUAUGAAGCAGGCGAUCGAGGUGUCUGGUCGUUGGGCUCAAAUUUUAUUUUGAAAGAUCGAGGUUCUAGGCUUCCGACGUCUGAGGUACCAAAUAUCCAAUUUGUGCAGGAACAGACGUCUAUCCCUGUUCCCACUGUUAUCGAAUCUUGGAAGGAAGGCGAUCACACCCUCAUAUUGAUGCGACGAAUCCCCGGCGAGCCCCUCAGCAAACCCUGGCCGAAGCUUUCGACGGAUCAAAAAGAGAGAAUAGCACAGCAGACUGCUGGGUACCUGCAACAACUUCGCAAGCUCCAGUCUGACAAGAUCCAAUCUCUUAGUGGCGGUCCGGUCUUUUCCAACUUUCUCUUCAAAAACAAAAUUUCUCUGCUUCCCCAUGGUCCUCUGGCAUCUGAUGAUGAGCUCUGGAAUGACAUGGAACAUGGGUUGAAAGAUACGAUACCCGAGGCAGCGCGAAUACAACUUCGACAUUGUAUGCCAUCGGCUACACCUUACACCUUUACACAUGGUGACCUCACUAAUGUUAAUAUCAUGGUUGAGAACGGCUCCCUCAGUGGCAUAAUUGAUUGGGAGAUGUCUGGCUACCUUCCAGUGUGGUGGGAAUAUGUGUGCACCUCGGUCCCUGAUAGUGAGGAGGACAGGGAGUGGAAGGCUUUGUUGCGAAAAUAUAUGCCUGAUCAUACCGCUGCGCGUGAGUUCUGGCUGGACUAUUAUAAUCUUUGCAGAGAUCCAGACAGUGAACGAGCAAUUAAGUUCAUGGAGAAAGUAAGGAAUGAGAGCUCUUAG